AUGGCUGCAUCUAACUGCCCUAAUCUGCCAUCUUUUCCGAACUUUCAACCACACACCGAGCCAUCUACUGUUGGCUUGCGAUGGCAGAAGUAUGUAAAGAGACUGGAAAACCUCUUUGUAGCUUUCAACAUUGUUGAUGAUAAACAACAGCGGGCACUCCUACUGCACUAUGCAGGCCAGGAAGUCAUGGACAUUUUCGAGACACUAGCUGAUACUGGGUCAGAUUACAAGACAGCUAAAGAGCAGCUUGACAAGUACUUCUCCCCACGACGCAAUAUUGAAUAUGAGAGAUUCGUGUUCAGAGAAGCGAAACAAUCUCCGACUGAAACAGUUGGUGAUUUAAACACCAGGCUCCAACAGCUGGCACAAAAAUGCGAGUUCCAUGACCUGGACUCCGAGGUCAAGUCGCAAAUCAUCCGUGGUUGUUCUUCGUCCAAGCUGCGUCGUUACGCCCUGCGUGAAGCAGAUCUCACUCUCACGAAGCUGCUUACAACCGCACGUGCCUACGAACUUUCGGAUACGCAGGCAAAAAGCAUGGAAAAACAUCCAAGUCCCAGUACAGAGACAGUGCACAAGGUACACAGCUCCAAGUACCGGUCAAGCUCGAGUCAGCAAUUGGGCAAAUCUGCGCACAUGGCCAAACCCCGACACAGCGUGCCAUGUCGCAAUUGCGGUGGAACAUUCCCACACAAGACACAGUGUCCUGCCAAGGGUGUCACGUGUCAUACCUGCGGAAAACUGAACCAUUUCGCAAAACACUGCCUGAGUCGCGGUGGCACACGAGACAAACCACGACCCGGCAAAGCCAAAGUACAUGCCGUUGAUCACGACGCUGAGUCCAGCUCCGAAGAUGAGUACGUUUUCGGUGUGAAAGCACCACACCGAUCCAAGCAACCUGUUGUCACGGUCCGCAUCAACAAGACGCCUAUCAAAGCGAUCAUUGACACCGGUGCGUCUGUCAGUGUCAUGUCAGCUGUAACCUACGGCACUCUUCAGUCUGUUCCGAAACUGCAGAGACAUACAAACACGAAAAUCUUCGCGUAUGGCAGUACUACUCCCCUCGAGAUUGUAGGCACAUUCGAGGCAACUGUUGCCUACAAGUCUUCCGAUAUCAAGUCGACAUUUUACGUGACAAAGCAGCAGGGGGACACGCUUAUCAGUUUCACCACCGCAUCAGAACUUGGCAUCAUCCAUGUCGCGUACAACAUCCAACCGGAUGACUCGCCGCAGAUACAUCAGUUGCUUGAGCACUACUCCGAUCGUUUCAUCGGCAUCGGUAAGCUCAAAGACUUUCAGUGCAUACUCCAUGAGGACAAGUCCGUCCAGCCCAUCGCUCUACCUCAUCGCCGCAUACCGUUCCAAGUGCGGAAAAAAGUCGAAGCCGAGUUACGCAAGCUACUUGCCUUGGACAUCAUCGAACCAGUGCGUGACGAGCCCACUCCAUGGGUCUCGCCAAUCCAUGUAGUCGAGAAACCCAAACGGCCCGGGGAGAUACGCAUGUGCGUCGACAUGCGUAAUGUCAAUAAAGCCAUCAAGCGCGAACGACACGUAACCCCCACCAUCGAUGACAUCAUCGCGGACGUCAACGGCUCCACGGUGUUUAGUAAGCUUGAUCUUAACGCAGGCUACCACCAGGUGGAGUUGUCCCCAGAGUCGCGUCAUCUUACAGUCUUCUCAACACACGCAGGACUGUACCGCUACAAGCGCUUGAACUUUGGCGUUUGUUCAGCUGCUGAAGUGUUCCAGAAUAUCAUCAACGCUACACUGCAGGGGCUUGAGGGAGUCCUCAAUAUCAGUGAUGAUAUCCUCGUGUUCGGCAGCACUCAACAAGAGCAUGACACGCGACUCAAAGCCUGUCUUAACCGUCUCCGCGAAAGAAACCUCACGCUGAACAAAGACAAGUGCCGAUUCAGCAAGAGCCGAGUUGAAUACUUCGGACACAUCUUCAGCCGUGACGGGGUCUCACCUGAUCCAAAAAAGGUUCAGGCUAUCCAAGAUGUGUCUGAGCCCCAAAACGCCAGUGAAGUCCGCAGCUUCCUUGGACUAGUCACUUACUGCAGUCGUUUCAUCCCCGACCUAGCUACCAUCUCCGCACCCCUACGCGAACUGACCAAAGACUCAGUCCCUUGGUCAUGGGGUCCUGAACAGCAGCAGGCUCUCAAGCAAGCCCAAGAACGCGUUUCGCAGUGCUGCACCAUGGCGUACUACGACCCAACCAAGAAGACGGAGAUCGUAGUGGAUGCCAGUCCAGUCGGUCUCGCUGGCAUUCUUGCACAACGCAACGCCAACGACGAACUCUCAGUUGUCGCACUCGCGAGUCGGUCACUAACACCCGUUGAGCAACGGUACUCGCAAACCGAGCGAGAAGCGCUGGCCAUAACAUGGGCAGUUCUUCAUUUUCACCUCUAUGUAUACGGGGGCGAUUUCACCAUCGUCACAGACCACAAACCGCUGGUCACGCUAUUCAACAGUCCGAACAAUCAAGCUCCAGCUCGCAUCGAACGCUGGAUACUGAAGCUCCAGGAGUACAACUACACUGUUGAAUACCAGCCGGGUAAGCUAAACCCUGCUGACUACAUGUCACGUCACCCCCAGCCCCACACGCGAGCUCCAAGCAGAGAACAAAAGAUCGCGGAAGAACAUCUCAACUUCAUCGCUGAGAACGCUGUGCCCAAAACUGUUACGCUGGAAGAACUCCAAACCGCAACACAACAAGAUCCAGUUCUCCAGAACUGCAUCAACGCAUUGGUCACUGGUAGUUGGGACAGACUUCUCACCCAACCACACAAUCAGCAGGCCAGUGACACAGUGCGAAGCUUACACAAGAUACGUGCUGAGCUUACCACAACCGCAAAUCGCGAUCUCCUACUCCGCGGACACCGUAUUGUCGUUCCCCGAACUCUCCAGCAAACAGUCGUCAACAUCGCCCAUGAGGGACACCAGGGAAUAACCAAAACCAAACAACUGCUGCGUGAGAAAAUAUGGUUUCCUGGCAUUGAUCGUCUGGUUGACCAAACCAUCCGCGACUGCCUGCCGUGCCAAGCCUCGACGGUGGACACUACACGCGCUCCACUGCAAAUGUCGCCGCUCCCCAACGGUCCAUGGCUUGAGGUCAGUGUUGACUUCUGUGACCUCCCUUCUGGUGAGCACAUCCUAGUCGUCAUUGAUGACUACAGCAGGUUUCCAGAGAUUGAAAUCGUCUCAUCUACAUCAGCACGCGCAGUCAUCCCGAAACUCGAUCGCAUAUUCGCAACGUUCGGUGUGCCACAAGUCGUACGCACGGACAAUGGCCCACCAUUCAACAGUGGAGAGUUCUCCAAUUUUGCAGACUACCUUGGCUUCAAGCACCGCAAAGUCACGCCACGUUGGCCACGCGCAAAUGGAGAGGUCGAGCGGUUUAUGCAAACUCUAAAGAAAACCUAUCGCACCGCCAUUGCUGACCACAAGCCGUGGAAGCAAACCCUCUUCCAGCUCCUUCGAAACUACCGCGCAACCCCACACGCGACCACAGGCACCCCUCCUGCAACACUUCUCUUCGGUAGGCCAAUGCGCACUCGCCUUCCGGAGACUACACGCACGACUCCCAAUCCCAACGCCAAACGCAAAGACAAACGUCGAAAGGCUGCCAUGAAGGCAUACGCAGACAAGCGUGAACACGCCAAACACAAAAACAUCACUGUGGGUGACACAGUUCUCAUCCGCCGCGAUGGUAUGGUUGCAAAGGACCAAACACCAUAUCACCUUCAACCCUACAUCGUCACCGACACGCGAGGAUCCAUGAUCACUGCUCGACGCGGGUCUCACAGAGUGACUCGCAACAUUUCUCGCUUCAAGCGCAUCAAUGAUCAACCUCAACCAUCACAUGACUCAGAUGAGUCUGACCUGGAUGACCUGUCUGAUACACCUACCCAAACACCCAAUCAAGCACCACGCAGAAACCCACCUCGAGCACGCCACCCACCAGCGCGUUUCAAAGACUAUACUGUGAAAUAA